AUGCGCAGCGGGGAUGGUAUCUCACGCUACUGUCAUCCUCUCUUUGCUUGCUUUGUCGGUGAUUAUCCCAAGCAACUAUUGGCUACUGGAGUCAAAACUACAGAAUGCCCAAAAUGCGAUAUCCCACCUGACGAACUUGAGAGUAGCACAGCGCCCUUUGAAAUACGGGACCUCGACACUGUUCUUGAUGCACUUGCCACAAUCGAUGUUGGAGACCUCACUGAUUUCAUCCAGGCAUGUCGCAAUGCAGGAAUCAAGCCCAUUGUCCACCCGUUCUGGGAACGACUUCCCCAUGUCAACAUUUUCCAAGCCAUCACGCCUGACAUCCUCCACCAAUUGUAUCAAGGACUCGUUAAACACCUUCUUGGUUGGCUGGCACAGGCAUGUGGAACAGCCGAGAUUGAUGCUCGGUGUCGAAGACUACCUCCAAACCAUCAUAUCCGUCUAUUUACGAAAGGUAUCACCAGCCUAUCUUGUCUCAGUGGCACGGAACAUGCUCAGAUAUGCCGUUUUCUCCUCGGUAUAAUUAUUGACAUCCGACUUCCUGGCAAUCUGGAUUCAGCUCGUCUUUUGCGAGCUGUUUGUGGUCUCCUGGAUUUUUUAUACCUGGCACAGUAUCCGUGUCACAGUUCUGAGACAUUGUCUCUCCUUGACGAAGCUCUCUCCCUCUUUCACAACAACAAGCAAAUAUUUGUUGACCUCGGUAUUCGGAAUAAUUUCAAUCUUCCUAAACUUCAUGCAACUCAACACUACACAUCAAUGAUUCGGUUAUAUGGGACCACAGAUAACUAUAACACAGAGUAUACCGAACACCUUCAUAUUGACUUAACAAAAGAUGCCUACCGUGCCACGAACCACAAGGAUGAGUUUGCGCAGAUGACCCAGUGGCUCGAGCGCAAGGAAAAGAUUGUGUGCCAUGAUAAAUUCAUUCAGUGGCGACUCAACACCAAUUCCUUUACCCACCAUCCUCAGCCACCUGACUUGUCUUUUCGCCGCACACAAACCUUAAUGAAGCACCCUAAUGUGAAAGCAGUGCCAAUCCAAAGAUUAAUUUUGGACUAUGGAGCCAUCUACUUUCGUGAAGCACUUGCUCGGUAUAUUGCACAACAAAAUCAUAUCAACGAGACCCUCUCCCGUCGACAUCUUGAAGACCUCGCUGCUAAUAUUGUUCUGCCAUUUUGUUCUGUGGCUGUCCACCACAAGAUCAAGUGGGUUUCCAUCGACGCUCGAGGGCAUGGUGAUCCAUGUGUCACAGUAGAUAGUGUCCAUGCUAAACCUGGUUGCACUCGCACUCAUCAACGAAACGAUACGGUGUCUUGUUACUUGAGGGUCUUAUAUGUUUUCGUGUAA